CACACACACACAUAGCCGAGCGAGAGAAAACUGCACGGCAUCAGAUUCAGCUCUCACAAACUCUUUAAACUUUAACCGUUUAACCGUCGCGCGGAGCUGCACCGGUCGCCGCACGGACCUUUAAAGAACUCUCUUCUCCAUCUUCAUACGUCUGAGACCUGAACUUCCCAAAGCCUCUUUAAUGAAUCAGUUUUCGCCUCUCGAUGCCAUGGCGUUCAAAGGGAACCUCACGCUGCCAAAGGUGCCGGAGUCCAACAUGGCCCUCAGUGUGCUGGGUGUGUUUCUGGGUUUGCUUCUGGAAGUUUCCACGCACGGGCCGUCCAGCGUUCCCAGAAGCUCAUGGAAGCAGAACGAUGUGGAUCUGCUGGAGUUUUGGGAGCCGGAUGUCUUCAACUACACGACUCUGCUGCUGAAUGAGGACAGAGGUGUUCUGUAUGUGGGCGCUCGAGAGGCUGUGUAUGAACUCAACAUCAGCAACAUCUCCAUCAAGAACAACCAGCUCCUGUGGAAAGUUCCAGACAUUGACAUGUCCAUGUGUAUUUUAAAGGGGAAAUCUAAAGAGACGGACUGUCGAAACUACAUUCGAGUUUUGCAAGUGCUGGAUGAAGAACAUCUGUAUGUUUGCGGGACUCACGCGUUUCAGCCUCUCUGUGAUUAUCUGUCUCUGCAAGAUUUCCGGCUGCUCGAGAAAGCAGAGGACGGAAGAGGGAAAUGUUCCUAUGAUCCGUCUCAAAGCUUCACCACUGUGAUGGUUGAUGGCGAGUUGUACUCAGGAACUGCUUAUAACUUUCUGGGCAGUGAACCGAUCAUCUCCAGAUCGUCUCCGUCUCAGAGUUUACUGAGAACUGAGUACUCAACAUCCUGGCUCAAUGAGCCCAGUUUCGUCUUUGCGGACGUCAUCCGAGAAGGACAGGACAGUCCUGAUGGAGACGAUGACAAGAUUUACUACUUCUUCACGGAGGUGUCGGUGGAGUACGAGUUUUUCGGCAAACUGCUGAUUCCCAGGAUCGCUCGCGUCUGUAAGGGGGAUCUGGGUGGCCAGCGGACCCUGCAGAAGAAGUGGACGUCGUUUCUGAAGGCCAAGCUGGUUUGCUCAAUGCCGGAGCUGAACUUUGUCUUCAAUGUGGUUCAUGAUGUGUUUAUUUUAAAAGCCCCACACUGGAGAGACACCGUCAUCUACGGGGUUUUCACUUCUCAGUGGGGGAAUGUAGGUCUGUCGGCGGUCUGUGCGUAUAACAUGAGCUCAGUGCAUGAGGUUUUCUCCAGAGGAAAGUACAUGCAGAAGGUCACGGUUGAACAGUCCCACACAAAGUGGGUCCGCUUUAAUGGAGCGCCGCCCAGUCCCAGACCUGGAGCGUGCAUCAAUAACAUGAACCGUCAGCAGAACAUGAGCUCGUCUCUUCAUCUGCCUGAUAAGACGCUUCAGUUUGUGAGGGAUCAUCCGCUGCUGGAGGACCCGGUGCUGCCCAUAGGAAACGGCCCUCGCCUCAUCACUAAAGAUGUGAACUACACACAGAUCGCCGUGCAGAGGGUGCAAGCGCUCGACAACAGCAUACACCACGUCAUUUUCACAGCCACCGAUAAAGGUUUCCUGCAUAAGUCAGUGGUGUUGGAGAAUGAGGUUCACACGGUGGAGGAGGUUCAGCUGCUGAAGAACUCAGAGCCCAUCAAAACACUCCUGCUCUCCACAGACCAGGCUCAGUUUCUGUAUGCGGGUUCAGACUCAGGAGUGGUUCAGUCACCCACAGCGUUCUGUCAGAAAUACGGCUCCUGUGUGGACUGUGUUCUGGCCCGGGACCCAUACUGCGCCUGGGACACUCAAUCCAAAGCCUGUGUGAACAUCUUCCAGAGCAAAGCUGAUCCACGUAAGAUGAUUCAGAACCUCAAAGGGGAUGCUGGGAUAUGUCCUCCAGUGUCUCCUCUGGCAGUGAAGGAUUAUCCGCUGCUGUUGGUGAAGCCGGGUGCUUCAGCUGACCUGCCGUGUCGAGUUCAGUCAAACCGAGCUCAGGUCUUGUGGAAACUCAACAAUCAGCUUCUCAGCGACUCCUCUUCACGCCUCCUCCUGAUGUCCGAGAGCAGUUUACUGCUGUACAGCGUGACUAUGGAGGACGCGGGACGCUACGAAUGCUGGUCCGUCGAGUCCGCCGCGGGACAAAACUUCAGCCGUGUGGUGUCCGGAUACAUUCUGCGCUUAGACCUUCCCGAGAGCAAAUCUGCACAGCUGACCCGCGAGCCCACUACGACCUCAGAAG